CAAAGGACGCACCAUGCCGGUGACGUGGCAGCAAGCGGUGCGCAAGACGAGCGCGCUCCUCGCUCCACAACGACCGACGAGCCCUUCGAACGAUGCCUUGGCCAAGAUCUCGGAGCAGGCGGCGCGGCUGUUGACGGAUCUCGUCGCGUUCGUCGACAUGCAAUGCGGCAACGUAGCGUACUUGUACCGCACGGACGGCAAUUCUUCGGAAGUCGAAGAGCUGUACUUGGCGUUCCAUCGGCAUCUGACCACGUCGACGGCGACGUUUGUCAAUUUGCACGUGUUCAGCCCGCAUGCGAUCACGUCCACGAUCAAAAAGAUCUUGCGACGGUACCAGCCAUUGAUGUCGUACAGCGUAUCGCAAACCCUCGUGGACGAGAGUCCGAUCACCGUCGCGUCGAUCGCGAGUCAGUUUGGUCACGUCCGAGCCACCAGUCGCGAUGUCUUGCGCGUAUUACUAUGUCAUUGGAACCGCAUUUCCCAAGCUAAGCACAUGCGCAUGGACGUGUCCAUGUUGGCGCAGUGCGUGGGACUGCUCGUCGUCCGUCCAUGUGAAGACACGCGGAACCAACGGACGGUCCUUAAAGCGAGGCAAAAAGUUGCGCGCAAGCUGAUUCGAGGGGCCGACACUUGGCAGUACACAGAGGCCUCCCCCAUCCCAAGCGAUUUGCACUCGGCUGACAAGCCUUUGCAAUAUGCCGUGAAAGUGAUGUGGCGCCCUCAAGAUGGAGUCUUGUAUGACGAAGAACGAUUGCGAGCACAACUGGGGGCGUACGGCACGGUCAGUUCGAUGGCGCUGCACCCAACCGAGCCAAAGGCUCGCGUGUCCAUGUAUUGGAAAAAGGGAUCGCAACUAGACAAAGUUGUCGUCAAGUUGCAAACCAAAGCGAGUUUGCAUGUGUUGCGACUGCAAGUGAUGAUACCUGCGCUUAAGGCGGUAGAGAAUACAGAUGACGACGAUAGCUCUAAUCAUGUGACUCAUGACGCCCCCACGACCACCACCCAACCAAGCUCUAGUCAUGAGCUACCACCUAUUGUGGAAGCAUUGGAUACCAUUGACGGGAUCAGUACUACUACUACUGCCAAAGAUACAAUUGCCCCGAUAGAGGAUGACACUGGGUCGGUGGAUGUGCUAUCAUCACAACUGCCACCAAAAAUAGCUCAAGUUGGAGAGAAAGUUGGGUCUAUGAUAAGGGACAACCAACCACCAACCCCAUCACACAACAACGUGGUUGAAUUCACAGGCAAACGUGUGGCGUCAACGCAAACCAAUCGACUGGAUGGUGUCGACAGGCAAAUUCAGACUGAUGACGUGGCAGCACCAGAGACCGCCGUGAUGGCCACUCAAACGGAUACGUGGUAUCCGGACGACAACGCCAAGAUGGUCACGCACGUCCGGCGCGUGAUUGAGGUGUUGCGCACAACGACCAUGGCGGCGGCGGAUGACAUGUCCAGCGAGACCAUCCGAGCGAUGCAUCAAGCUCAGGUUCUCGUUCUGCGCAUGUUGGAGGGGAGUGUGGCCGACCAGUCGCGUCCAGAGGACACGUCCAUGGUGUUGGAGUACCAACGUGCGAUGGAGGCUCAUUUUCGAUCCAAGACCAACGUACUUGAAGCCGAGGUGGUGGCAUCGCAGGAACUGCUUCGAAUGCACAAAGCACAGACUGCGCACCAGAUGCAAGCUUGGCAUGUGGAGAUGACAGCGUGUCGGGUGGUGGCGCUCGAAGCGGACAAGCAGAGCGCCGACCUGCGCGAGGACCUGCGCGCGUGUCGAAGCGACUUGACGUGUCAUUUGGCCAUGCUCUCCCAUCUCAAACGGGACAAUGCGGCUUUGCAAGAAAAGCUUCUAGUAGUCGAGGCAAAGGCGCAGAGUUUGGAGCGAGAUAGUGAGGAUCAAAAGGACCAAGUGCGGACGUUGCAUGAUGUAGCGACCAAGGCGCAGUUGCGAGUGGAGGCUUACAAGCGGAAUGGUACGCUUUAUAACGGUGGGAAUGACGGUAUUAUAUAUUGGAGUGUAUGUAUAUAGCGUCGCCUUGUAUCUGUGACACUGGUUGUGUCAAGCAAGCAGGCGAGUGCACCGAAAAGAUAACGUCACCAUCGACAGCUGUGGACCACCUCGCCCAACUCAAACACGAAAUGAGUCAGCGCUUGCAGAGCCAAAUUGAUUACACCAAAGCUACGAUUGACGCCAUGCAACAGCACGACCCGACGACGGUGCACUUAUCGCAGCAGCACCGCACGUUGUCGACUCUGGUGGCCACGCUUGUGGAAGGCGACAAGAAGACGACGACCGCCGCGUCCGAGCUCGCCAUGGAAGCGUCCAGGCAGAAAUUGAACAGCUUGAUGGGGUCUUUCAGACAAGCACAACCGACGAGGACGGAGGUGCCGCCGUGGGUUGCGCAUGCCGCGAAGGCGGUGCAAGGGACGCCGCCGAAGCUGUCGAAAGCGAACUCGGACUCGUUGAAUGCAGCCAGACUGGCGCUUAGCAACUAUCACCACGUAGUGGGGGGCCACAAGCGCAUCUCGACUGGGUUGGCGUAGUUAGAUAAAAUGCCGAGUGGAAUAGCAGGCUAACUAGCAUAUUGGUCGAUCAACCAUGUUCCAAC